AUGUUUGGUAUACCAAGCAUGACGCCAGUGAUGGGACCAUUCCCUCUAGAGGACACGUUUGGGAUGGGACCUGCGGCCUGCCUGUUAAGAAGAUCCUUGGACCCAGGUAGGAACAAGGCCAUCAUUCAGUUUGCUACGGCUCCGAGGUUCCGAUCAGCCUACUCAAAUGCCUAUCAUGCCUCAAAGAGUGUUGAGCACAUCAGUUCCAUGGCCUAUGAAUCCAACAAGUUUUACACGACCACAUGUCCCACCUAUGGUUAUUGGUUUGGCAGAUUCAUACUCGGAUGUCACAAGAGAAUGGGAGAUAAGGUAGUGCAGGACUACGCACUAUCAAGAAAAAUCUUUGUGGAGUUACUGAAACACCUAGAAGGGGAUUAG